AUGGGGGAGGAAGGGGAAACCGCCAGAGACCCAGAGACAAAGAUACAGGCAGAGAUGACAGAGACCAGAACAGAGGGGACAGAUCCGGGCGGGCACAGAGAGCAGGAAGAGGCGGCCCAGACCCAAAGUGGGGCAUUUCUAGCUGGGAUUCCAACUCACGGGACCCAAGUGGUCCCACCCAAAGCCUGGGUGAACAGGGGUGAAGCCGCUCCUCAGCCUGGCCAGGCUGCCAGGAGGCCUGUGCUCGGCCUGCGAGGCCCCCGCACCCCAGCUCCCCUAUCCCUGGGGCAGGCCCUGCCCCACCGCCCCAGCGCCCCGCCCAGCCCAGAGCCCUACCUCUCGGCCGCGGCCACCGAGCGGGGCCGGGGGCGGGGGCCGGGGGGGUCCCGGCCGCCUAAGACGUUGAGCUGUCCUUUCCCUGGGGCCCCCUGGCCCCAGGAGCGCGGGGGGCGCAGGCGGCGCUCAGAGGCUGUCCGGUCCUCUUCGGGGGCUGCACCUCGCCCCGCAAGGCAUCUCCGCGGAAAGUUUGCCGUCCAGAAAAGGAACCCCCGCCUCCUCGGUGGGGGCCCAGGCGCGGCCCGUGAAGCCCCAAGGGUGUGCGGACUGCUGCGGAAGAGGGCGGGUCAGCCCCCCGAUCCUCCAGAUGGAGCCGCCUCGGUGGUCGCGGCGAGUGGCCCUCCCAAGUCUCCUCCCGCGUGGCACCGCUGGGUCUCUCUCCGCUACUCCGCUCCUCUCGCUGGCCCGGGGCCAGGCCUGCCACCGCCGCUGCUGGUGCAGUUGCUGCCGCCGCUGCUGUUCCAGGGGCCCGGAACGGGCUGCCUUAACCCCACACCUGCUGGGCCCCAGCCCAGCGCUUCCUCGGAGGGCGGGGCCGCGGAGGGCGGAGAGAGAGGGGAGGAGUUUGCGGGGAGGCCAGGGAUUCCCUUACUUGUAGGCACUUGCUGCCAUUGGCCUACAGGCGCGCAGAAGAGUGGGAAGGAAGUUACCAGGAUCCUGCUGGGUGCCUGCCACCCCAUAAGCGCCCGGCGAGUCGUUGUGGUGCUGCUGCAGCUGUUACUGUCCUCUCUCCCCUGGUUUUCACAGUGA